GGCCAUUUUGCACGACAGGUGAAAAACUGAACGAUCUACUGUGCGGAUUUGACACCCGACUAAUCAUAUAUUCUAGACCUACGACUCUCAGGGACCGUCAGGCGGCUCGGGACAGCCUGAUGUGGAAAAGCAAUUGAAAUGGGCAGCAACUGUUAUCGAACGGUGUACUACCUUUGUAGGUGGGUUGACUGUCAGUCGAUCCCAGCCAGUGCUCCCGUCGGGUAACCCACCCGCGUCGUCCGUCCAGCCACAAGUAUCGUCGAUGCUCGAGACCACCUCUUCUGAAAAUCCAAAGAAACGUCUGGUGAAUCAAGAUCUUGACAAGAGCGAUGUUCAUCGACGUCACAGCGUGCCGACACGCCACGAUACAAGAUCAAAUGAGCAAAGCUUUGCAAUGUCUCGAGAAGGUGCUAACACUCCAUUUUCGGAUGCAUAUUCUCAACCUGGGUUGCGCUCUCCCCAUGGGCUGCUGUCGUCUCCUGCACCGUUAGCUCGUCUGCAAUCACCGUCGCAGACUGGAAUGUCUCGAAUGCUCCCGUCACCGUCAUCUGUCAACCUGCCGCCCACGAGUGCUCAGAUACACCCCCUUGGCCCCUCGCCUGGCUGGAGUGUAUCUGCUCAUACGUCACAUCUACAGGAUCUGCAGCACCAAGUAAGCACGAAGACGUUAGCUAUCCAGACCUUACAGCGGGAGCAUGACAACCUCCUGGCGGCAUACUCCCGUCAGCAGACGCGAUGCAUAGCGCUGGACAAGAAGACCAAGGUAUCUGACAGCGAGAUCAAGGCCUUGACCGAAGAGAAGAUGAAACUCCAGAAGCGGGCUGAAGAGCUCGAGACCCAGGUGGAAGAUCUAGCGAAAACAAAGGAGGAAGCACAUCAACAGUCUGCGACAAGCGGAGCUCAAUACAUGCAGAUCCUAGCUAUGUCAUCACGGUUGCAGUCCCAGAGCGCAGCCGAUCUUCGGCGGUUCAAGCUCGAAAGGGAGGAAUGGGAGCGGCAGAAGAAAGAACUCCUGCAAAGGAUUGAGGAGCUCGGAGCCCUCAAACACGUGCUUACUGACGUGCGCCACUCUGCAACCGAACAUGAUUUGUCGACGGAGACGUUGGAGAUACAUCGAGUGCCGAUAUCACCUUCCUACCACACGGAUGCAGAUGAUAUCCUCGCAACCACGUCACUGGACAUUUUGCGGAAGGAAGUGCUACGACUUCGUAGACGCUGUCAAGAAAUGGAGGGUGCGUUGAAAGGGUUGGAUGAUGAGGCAGAGCACUUCAGCGGUGCGCUGCAGCAGGCAAUGAAUCUGUCUGAUCGCAUCCGAUCCCGGGCCCAGGCGGUUCUUGGACUGCAACGUCCUGGGACAGGUGCAGAGAAGGAGGAGCAUUCCACCAGGUCUGGUAUGAUAGACAGUGAACGAUAACGAUGGACGCACCAUCACUGGCUCCUUGAGAUGGGGUAUGUAUCAAGCCAGCCGUUUGUUUCAGAUGACUUUCAAAAAAAGCAUAUCAAGUAUUAAUGGACCAGCGAAUGUUGGUUAUUUCCGAACCGGGCAGGAUAUAUUGGCUCUGCACUUCUGUUGGAUGUGAAAUGGAAUGGAUAUAUUUUCUGAUUUGAAUGAGAGUUGAACUGGCAUAUAGUUAUUGUAAUGAGGCUUAGGAAGGCUUCUCUUUGAUUUUGUUUUUUACUUCUUCCUGCAUUGUUGUCUGGCGUAAGAGGUUGGUUCUAUGGCAAGUCAAUGUGGACUGGACCGGCAUACCGAAGCAAAGAAGCAUUCUACGGUAUCCUGUAUAUAACUUUUGCAUCUCUUAAGAACAAACAAACUGUCAUAUACCUGAGAC